UCGUCGCAGUAAUUUUCUCUGAGAGCCUUUAUUUAUUUGGCUUCCAUUCUCUUACAAAGGGAAGUUGCAGCUUUCGAUCGGGCAUUGCAUGCAAUUUGGAUCCGACUGUUUUUAAUUAUUAAUUUUCUGGUCGGCUUCAACUUGCCCUUUCGUAUGUGACGUCUUCUGUUUCUUGUCGCACAACAACAAGGCCACUUUUCUCCCCAUAUUCCUUGUUGGGCCUAUAAAAUAAAAAUUUGGCGUUGACUUUGACAAGUUUGAAAGUGGGCUUGUUGUUGUAAAAUCAAAAUUUAAAAAAAAAAAAAAAAAUUAAAAAAAUGGGGAGUUGUGUGUCAACUCAUGCAAAAAUAGUACCAACAAAAAAGAAAUUACAUCAUCAUCGUAGACAAUCGAGAAAGUCAAAAGGGAUGAGAAAGUCAAAGGGAAAUUCAAUGGUUGAAGGCGUAAAGAAACGACAUAGCAAUGCAGGAGGUGGUAGUGUCGUCACAGAUUAUGCUGUCAGUGAAUUUGUUCAUAUGGAUUUUGAACAUGGAGCCACAACGAAAUGUCGUAGAUCUGAGGUUUCUAAUUCUACUUUCCAUCUCACCCAAUUGCAAUGGCAACACAGCCAAUAUGAUGCCAAUGGGAUUUGCCAAGAGGAGUUGUGGUAUGAUUCUGUGAGUUUAGUGGAUCAGUCUGAUUCUGAUGAAGAGUUCAGUAGUGUAUAUGGAGAUGGGUUUCCAAUAGUGGGAAAUGCAAUAGGAAACAUUCCAACAAGUGGGCAAGUAGUUCAAUAUGAAAGAUCAGCAAUGUUUGUGGACAACAAUUGCAAAUAUGAAGAGUUUUGUGAGAGUUACUUGAAAAUAGAUGGAGGAAAGGCCAAAAAGUUGAUAGGAAAGGAAAACUAUGAAGAAUCAAGCACUUAUGCAAUUGUGAGUGCUCCUGGUUAUGGCCUUUCUUGUUUGGCUAAGGCUGAAGCUUGUGGCAAGAAGAAGAAAUUGUUGGAACAUUCUUAUGGAAGUUUCAAAGGCCUCAAGGUUGAUAGGCAUAGCCAUGAAGAUAACAACACUAGCUUCAGAAAAUUGGUGUCAGCUGCCAGCUUUAAUGAGAAGAUUUUGAAUUCUCAACCUCCUCAGAAAAUGCAAUCUGCUGUUUUUCGCCUCUCGUUUAGGCAUCGAUCCUGCGAUGUUGGUGAAACCAACGAACAUUGUGAGUUCAAGAAGUACUUAUAUCGUCCACGAGCUGGGCAUAUAAUUCCACGGUUCAAAGGAGAGAAACCAAUUCCUGGUUGUUGGUGUGAGAUUCCACCUUCAACUUUUAAACUUCGUGGUCCUAAUUAUUUCAAAGAUAGAGUAAAAUCCCCCGCUUCAAACUUUAGUCCAUACGUCCCAAUUGGUGUCGAUUUAUUCAUAUGCCCUAGAAAGAUAAACCACAUUGCACAACAUCUCGAGCUUCCAAACAUUGAAGCUAACACUACCGACGUUCCUCCGUUGCUUAUUGUAAAUAUUCAGUUACCUACUUAUCCAGCUGCAAUGUUCCUUGGUGAUAGUGAUGGGGAAGGGAUGAGUCUAGUUUUGUACUUCAAAGUUUCUGAUAAUUUCAACAAGGACAUCUCAAGUCAUUAUAAGGAAAACAUCAAGAAAUUUAUCGACGACGAGAUGGAAAGGAGCAAGGGAUUUGCAAAAGAGUCAGUUUUUCCGUUUAGAGAAAGACUAAAGAUCAUGGCAGGAGUUGUUAACCCAGAGGACCUCCAACUAAGUUCAACAGAAAAGAAGCUUGUAAAUGCCUACAACGAAAAACCCGUCCUCUCACGCCCUCAACACAAUUUUUUCACGGGUUCAAAUUACUUCGAGAUCGAUUUAGAUAUUCAUCGCUUUAGCUACAUAUCAAGAAAGGGGCUCGAUUCAUUUCGAGACCGUCUAAGGAACGGAAUAAUCGAUCUUGGUUUAACGAUCCAGGCACAAAAGCCAGAGGAAUUGCCUGAGCAAGUGUUGUGCUGUUUAAGGUUGAACAAAGUUGAUUUUGUUGAUCAAGGGCAGCUCCCAACUUUAGUUACUCUUGAGGAGGAGGAUUGA